AUGGCACCUCCAUGCCUCUCCCGACUCCUCCUCAUCUUCUUGGUGGGCCUUACCCAUGUCAUUGCUCAUCCUGUCAACAAGGACGACUCAGCAGUGUUGGGCAGCGUCAACGUUAAGGGAUCACCAGACCUCAAGUGGAAGCCCAAAGGUGAAAAGCACGACCAUCGUAAAACUCACGUCCAGCACGGCAAUGAGAAUUCCACCACAAUCGUCUAUCAGAAAAUCACGGUGACGUCUGAUGGUAAGGACGUAUCAAAGGACAAGCCUGGCAAGAAUGGAAAUGAAGAAUCAACCAAGACCGAACAUCCAGUGGAGUUUUCUUCGAAGCAUGACAAAAACGUGGGCGCAACCCACAAAGACAAGGAUCUGAAAACACACGACCACAAGAAACAUAAGGACGAAAACAUAAAGUAUAAAAACAAACCGAAGGUGAAGCCUGAUUUAUUCAAGCCAUAUCGUUCAAGCCGCACGUCUGCCAACGAUAACAAGAAGUCUGAAAGCAUAAGACAGUGGAAGGAUAAUUCUAUCGACAAGAUCAAGAACAGCCAGUCAUACAAAGAAAAGGAGCCACAGUACAAGAACAGCCAGUCAUACAAAAAGUUCGGAGAAAAGCAGCAGACUAAGCCUACGGACUACGAAUACGUCAAACCUCAGCGAGAAAACAGGGUCAAAGAGUCAGCGCGUCCCAUGGUCGACGUGGACAUGUUCAACAAACUCAAAAAGCCUUAUGAUAAUAUUUUCGCCGAGGGCAGGAGAAGGGAGAAGCAAAAAGAGCUCAAGAACAAGCUUCCUAGAAACGACAAGCAAGAAGCGGACAAGGACGGAAAACCUCUUAGACCCGACAACGACUCAGCCAUCCAGCCAGAAUUCAAAGUGUCUGAUGUGACAGAAGACCAGUGGCUGAAAUUGGCUGAAGAUAAAGAAUCGAUGAAGAUGCUAGCAAAAGCAAAGAAAAAAUACAAAAAGCUGCUCGAGGAAGACAACGAGGAAGGCGAGAAAGAGUUUAAAGAGCUCCUUCGCCAGGCGUUGGUGCAUAGUGGGAAGAAGGCACAGGAGAAAGACCCCAAUAAAGCAUCCAAGCCCAGCCCAAAAUCCCUCAAGCUCUCGAGAUACAUAAAGUCAUUGAUGGAAGAGACUCUCGACAAGCCUCACAAGGCCGAACUAGCUCCUAUUGGAGAGAAAGGAGUUGAGACAAAGAAAACUAUUGGGAAACGAUGUAUAAUGCCAUGGUGGGUUUUCAUUGCAGUCGAAUUGGCGAAGAAGGAGACAAUGAAGAAGGAGAAGAAAAAAAUGGAGAAGAAAAUGGAGGAAAAGCUGGGGCAGUUCAUCAAGCCACCCUCGGACAAGUUUAAACCCGACUCUGAUAAUACAACCAGGUCUGGGCUAAACGACAAGAAGCAAGAUUCUAAAUCAAAGCUGCAAACGGAGAAUAAGGAGAGCAAAAAGAAACCAGAGACGAAAACAAACACGGCCUCGGAACGCCCCAUGCCUACGCGCUCUAGUUUGUUUGACAACGCUGUGGCCAUAGAGAUUAACAACUUCACAUCGAAGGAAAGUGAGGAUCUCGCAAGAAAUCUUUACAAAACGGCAUAUAGGAUACAGGCCCACAAGAUUCAGAAGUACUUAAAAAGCUCCAAGGAUAAGCAUUCUGAUCGGGGUGAGAAGUCCCUUGCAGGCCGGAGGCCGACUGUACGUCCGGUUCUAGAUGUCAAGACCUUGACCAACACUUGGAGAAAAAUUCGACGGCAACGGGCACGAGAAAGGUAUCUUCGGAUGCUUUUGGAGAGACAUCCCAAGCUUAAGAAGAAACUUAGGGAGAAAUAUCCCAACCAUCCCAUGCUUGAGGAUACAAGUCCUAGGCGUAAGGGAUCCAUCAUACCGACAUGA